GAAAAAUAAAUUGUGUCGCGUUAAAAUGUUCACUUAAUGUGCUAUUAAACUGAUAGAUUUCACUUCCUUAACUAUAUACAAGAUUUCUAACAAAGAUAAAGGAAUCAGUGAAGGUCGCAGGAACAGAAGAGGACGAUUCUAUUCUUGAUUUCUUCUUCCCAACAUUCAUACUUACACUGAGGGACUUUACUCUCGAACUAAAGACAACACCGGACGUUUUUCUUGAGAAUAAUCUCAACCUUGAAAACGGAACUACCGACAGUAUUCGAAACUUCAAUACACCAAGGAGGCUUAUAAGAAGAUAUUUCAAGACAAGGCGAUGCUUUGUUUUCAGAAAACCGGUAAAAAGAGACCAACUGUCAAACCUUAUGUCAAUUCCUGAAGAAAAGCUAAAAGAUGCAUUUCAAGUCACCCUAAACCAAUUUCGAGAUUAUGUUUACACCCGAGAGCCAAAAGCUUUGAAAUCUGGAAAAGGAAUCAAUGGACGAAUGUUGGUUAGCCUUCUGGUGACAUACGUCAACUCAAUUAACGACCAUGAUUCGCCCUGCAUCCUUCAAGCAAUUGAACACAUGGCAGAAGCGGAAAACAUGCGGGCCAUUAAAAAUGCAAGUAAAGAAUAUGAGGAAAAGAUGAAGAAAAUGAUAUCUCAGCACAGCACACCAGAUGAUACAGGGCUUGCAACAUUUCACAAAGAAAGUAUGAAAAGUGCUAUGGUCAUACUUCAAAAGGAAGCAGUGUUUGAUGAUAUAAGCAUUUUCGAAAAGCAAGUUCUGACUGUUUUCGAGCAAAAUCUCAACAGUUUUAAAGCAACUGUUGACAAGAACUCAAAAUCACUUUGCCAAGAGAAACUGAGAUCCCUGGACUUAAGGAUUCGUAAAAAGAUCAAUAAUCUUACAUACUGCCAUCCCUCUGGAUAUGAUGAAUAUAUAGCUGAUAUUGAUUGGAUAAUCAAGCAGUACAAGAAAAAUGAGCAAUACCUUGGCUCCAAGGCACGAGAAACCCUUCAAAACUAUCUUGACAACAAAGAAGAAGAAGAGGAAAGUGUUUAUCAGAUGGUCUUGAAAUCUCAAGAAGGAAAUCAAUCAAGCAUACCCCAAAGGUUCAGGCGUGGAAGUGUUAUUAAUGAAGAUUACACCCAAAAAGAAACGGAACGAAAUCUAAAAGAAGACGAAACACUUAUGAAAGACGUAAAAGACAGUCUUAUGGUGGUCCAAGCCAACGGUCUUAAAAGCAUCGGGGAACAGUAUCGGGAAAUGUUGACACUAAAAAUACAAGAGUCGGAGCGCAUCGCACAGGAACUAUCGCCCAAUGAUCCAUAUUAUAAUAAACUUAAACAAGAGACAGAAUAUUGGAGAAAAUUGUUGGAAAAAGCAUCCAUAGAUUUGGAAGCUGCUGAAAACGACAAAUCGCCAUUGCAAGAAAGACAUCCACCUGACGAUGAGGACCAGGAAUAUGAGAGGCAACAGGAUCAGAGGUCUGUCGAUAAAAAGAGUACCACUGAUCAACCCGGGGGAAAGACGGCAAGGAAACCAGACGGAAAGAAGCCUUGUAAAAUCCAGUGAUUGGGUAAAACUAUGACAAUGUGCAGAAACAGUAUUAUAAUAAACAUGAUAAUUUGACAGCAAUAUAAUUGGAAAAUUUUACGCGGAACGGUAUUCAAUAUUUGACACCUGUUGUAAACAUGUCCGCGACUUUUGAUAACGUACAAUAUAAUUUCGAACUAUCUUUCCGUGAAUGGUGAACACCAGAUGCAAUAUGAUCGCUGGAACCUGGAAGUUCUACAUUGAAGUUAGGUCAAACACACAAGUUUGCAUAACAUACCUAAUAAGCUCAUCAAAUGUAAAAUCGUUAAUGUUUAAGUGAUUAUCAGUUAAUUUCUCAACCUCAUUUAUAACACUAGUCAGAAUAUUACCAAAUGAAUUAGACAAAAUAUAUGUGAAACUCUUCACCUGCUAUGCUUGUAUCGUGUUUUCUGACUUUAAGUUUUAAAUUGUUACCAAAAAUCAACGAUUUACUUCUUCUUCAUUCAGUGAGUUCUUUACUCAUUUACAAUGUAAAUGUUCUAUAACAUUUGAAUAUGAAGACAUGUGCAUUCUUAAGUUUUUGUUCUUACUAUAGCAGUUUCAAAUUUAUCACAAUUUAUAUUCUUCCGCAUUCUAGCGUAGUUUCCAGCAAAAGUCUUACUACAUACAGUAGUUUUCACUGUAAGAAAACAAGACAUAUUUCUAUUUGAUUAUUUUAAAAUAUGCUUAAAACAUGUAAAAACAGUGACAAUGCACAUAUAAUAAAAACGACUUAAGAAUAAGUUGUAUGAAAGAAUCAUGUGAAUGUGUGCAUGCUGGUAGUUACUGUUAUACUUUUUUGGGGGUUUGGCCGAAAUUGUUAUUUCAAAUGAGCAUAUUCUUAGCAUAUUUCUUUUGAAUUUAUAAUACAUUGUAACAUUAUUAAAUGACAUAUUGUCCUGUGUGAAUUUUAUAUAAUUUUCUAGGUAUAUGUAUGGAACAGUUCGUGUCAAAUAAUCAUUGCAUUGUAUUGCUUUUAAUGCAGUGUUCAUACAAGAAAUGUAAAUAAAGUUAUUAAAUCAAUUUAAACAUGUGUACAUAAUCUGGAGGCGAUAUCGGGAUAUGUACUACUUUUGAUUAUUUUGCAAGCAAUCAUGUAUACUGAAUAUCUCAUCACAUCCAAUGGACUGAUUUAUUAUUUCAAAGUAAUACUGUAGAGACAAACACGUAACACCAUGUUUGUGACGUCGUUUCACUAUACGAUGGUGCUGAUAUUCUUGAUCAGAGACCACUGAUUUAAAUAACCGGAAAAAGGUACUCGUGUACUUGCAAAAAGGUAACGUUUAGUUAGUUCUGAUUGGUCAGUAAUAUAAAAAAUAACAAGAAAUGAAUUUGAUUUGAAAAAUUGAACUUUUUACUGCGUUUUCAGUAAUUUAUUAUACUAACGUUUUGACAAAUUUUUUCUACAUUUGAUUUUUAUUUAAUAAAAAGAUUUACCGUACGGUUAUUUUCAACUAUGCUAACAGCGUAAAGAUGUAUGCCAACAUAGUGAAGAAGUAAACAAGGGUUUUAUCAUUAAUGUGAAAUAUUCUCAAACAUUUGUGAUUAACAUGAUCUUUAAAGUUCUAUGUUUCAUCAAGAGAUCCACCAAAAUAUCUAAUUGUGAUCAUCAACAGUUAU